AUGGUGGUGGAGGCCGAGGUGGGAAGUGCAGGCCGUGGGGUGGGAGAUGGAGGCCGUGGGGGUGGAGACCGAGAUGGUGGUGAUGGCCGAGGUGGAAGUAGAGGUAUCCUCCACAUUGGGUCUAGGGUGGCCUGGCAGAAAGCAGUGAACGCUGGUGGUGUGGCGGCGGCAGCUUCACGGAAGAUGAGAUCCGAGAACCAAGAAUCUCAAAGACCCUCCACGCUACACUACCAGGCCCUCCACGCUACACUACCAGGUCCUCCACGCUACACUACCACCCUUACUACCAGUCCAACAGGUCCUCCACCCCUUACACUACCACCUGGUCUCCGCUACACUACCAGGUCCUCCACGCCACACUACCAGGUCCUCCACGCUACACUACCAGGUCCUCCACGCACACCAGGUCCUCCACGCUACACUACCAGGCCUUCCACACUACCAGAUCUUCCACUACACCACCAGGCCUUCCACACUACACUAGGGUCCCUCCACGCCACACUCCUCCACUACACCACGGCCCUCCACGCCAACCACUACCCAGGCCUUCCACGCUACACCACCAGGCCUUCCACGCCACACUACCAGGCAGCCACACGCUACACUGACAGGGCCUUCCACGCUACACUACCACGCUACACUUCCUCCACGCCACACUACCAGGUCCUCCACUACACUCACCAGGCCUUCCACCCACACACCAGGCCUUCCACGCCACACUACCAGGCCUUCCACGCUACACUACCAGUGGGCCUUCCACGCGCGACCCCGCCACACCACCAGGCCUUCCACGCUACCACUACCAGGCCUCCACGCUACACUACCAGGUCCUCCAUACACUACCUGGUCCCCCACACUACACCUACCAGGUCCUCCACGUUACACCCAGGCCACGGGUCCUCACGUACACUUCCAUUCCCGCAGGUCCUCCACGCUUACUCUACCAGGCCUUCCACGCUACCCACGCCACCUUCCACGCUACACUACCAGGUCCUCCACGUCUACACUACAGGCCUUCCACGCCACACCAGGCCUUCCACGCUACACCCAGGUCCUCCACGCUACACUACCACACCACCAGGUCCUCCACGCUACCACCACCUGGUCCUCCACGCCACUACCAGGUCCUCACGCCACACUUACCAGGUCCUCCACGCUACACUAACGCACACUACCAGGUCCUCCACUAAGGCCUGGCCACCACCACACUACCAGGUCCUCCGCUACUCUACCAGGCCUUCCACGCCACACACCGGCCACGCCACACUACCAGGUCCUCCACACACUACCAGGCCUUCCACGCUACACUACCAGGCCUUCCACGCUACACCUACCAGGUCCUCCACGCUACACUGGUCCUCCACGCCACACUACCUGGUCCUCCACACUACCAGGUCCUCCACGCUCACCAGGGCCUUCCACGCCACUACCAGGCCUACACUACCAGGUCCUCCACGCUACACUACCAGGUCCUCCACGCUACACUACCAGGUCCUCCACGCUACACUACCAGGUCCUCCACGCUACUCUACUAGGUCCCCCACCAGACAUGGGGUCAAUUAUGAAUUGAAUUGGAAAUGA